AUGUUACUGAAUCAAUAUGUUGUAGAUCAGUAUGCUAAACUAGAAUCAGAACGUUUAGCUUUUAUACGAAAUAACCAAACACAAUUACGCGCAGAAAAUUAUAUACACUUACAGGAUGCUUUACAUUCUAAUGAACACACGACAAACAAUAUUGGGCAGCUGGUAAUAUUACCGUCAUCUUUUACUGGCGGACCAAGAUACUUACACGAAAAAACUCAAGAUGCCAUGACCUAUGUCAGGAAUUACGGGAAACCUGACCUCUUCAUUACUAUGACCUGUAAUCCUAAUUGGAAAGAAAUAAAAGAUAAUCUGCAUUCCACCGCAACACCUCAAGACCGAUAUGACAUUUUAAAUCGUGUAAACGUAUUUGGUCCGACACGCUGUCACAUGUAUACGGUGGAGUGGCAAAAACGUGGGCUGCCACAUAUACAUUUGCUUUUGUGGCUGACAAAUAAAAUCAGGCCCGACCAAAUUGACACAGUUAUAACGGCAGAAUUACCAGACCAAGACGAAGACCCAACAUUGUAUGACAUCGUGGUAAGGAACAUGAUUCACGGACCCUGUGGAGUUUUAAACCCUAACUCGCCAUGCAUGCAUGAGGGAAAAUGUUCAAAAAAAUUCCCAAAACCAUAUCAGAGUCAAACUUCAACUGGUGAUGAUGGCUAUCCAAAGUAUAGAAGAUUAUCACCAGAGGAAGGAGGACGCAAGGCUGCUAUUCGUAAUUACGAAAUUGAUAACAGAUGGGUAGUGCCUUACAAUAAACUAUUAUUAAAAAUUUUCGAGGCGCAUGUUAAUGUAGAACUUUGCAGUUCCGUGAAAUCAAUAAAAUAUGUCACUAAAUACAUCAAUAAAGGAAGUGACCAGGCUACGUUUAGUUUACAUUCUACAAAUGAAGUAGAACAAUUUCAAUCUGGCCGCUACAUUUGUAGUUCUGAAGCACUAUGGCGGAUUAUGUCCUUCAAUAUUCAUGAAAGAGCACCAACUGUCACACACCUCGCUGUUCAUUUAGAAAACGGACAGCGGGUGUAUUUCACUGAAAAUAAUGUAAAUGACAUUGUGAAUAAUCCAAGAGAUACUACUUUAACAGCGUUUUUCAAACUAUGUGCAGAGGACGACUUCGCAAAAACUCUGACCUACGACAAGGUGCCUGCCUAUUAUACCUGGAAUCAAAAUACGAAAAAAUUCCAACGACGAAAGCAGGGGGCGGUAGUUCUCGGGUACCCUGGCGUGAGAAAAACAGAUGCUCUUGGAAGGGUGUACGUGGUACACCCUAAUAAUGCAGAAUGUUUUCAUUUGCGGUUGUUACUCCACGUUAUAAAAGGCCCUACUUCGUUUAGAAGUCUCCGCACUUUUGAAGGUGUAACUUACGACACAUUCCAAGGGGCUUGCAAAGCUAUGGGCCUCCUCGAAGAUGACAGUCACUGGGAGAGUACGCUCUCUGAAGCAGCCAUAUGCUGUUCACCAAAAUCACUUAGGUGCCUUUUUGCCAUUAUGAUAUCGUUCUGCCAAAUCACGGACCCGCAUCUUCUUUGGCAAAACUAUCAGGAAAGUAUGUCCGAAGAUAUACUGCAACGCAGACGACAAGAACUGUCAUCAGAUGAUUUAGAGUACGACCAAAAUAUUUUUGAUGAAGCUUUAAAUGAAUUAAAUAAAGAGGUCGAAUCUCUAUCAGGUAAAAGUAUAAAAGAUUUUGGUUUUAACUUGCCGUUAAAUUCAAAUCUUUAUGCAAUGAACAACAUCGAGGAUUUACGAGAGACUGACUAUGAUUACACCCAACUCUUACAGACAAUUCAAGAUGAACAUCGCUUAAAUCCAGAACAAAAAAUUGUUUACGACCAAAUAUUGUCAUCAGUUAAUAGUAAUGAAGGGAAAAUGUUCUUUCUAGAUGCACCCGGGGGCACGGGUAAAACAUUUAUAAUUAAUUUAUUAUUAGCAAAAGUAAGGUCUGACAGAAAAAUUGCUCUUGCCGUGGCGUCGUCCGGUAUUGCAGCCACACUUUUGAAAGGCGGGCGAACUGCACAUUCCACUUUCAAACUACCUUUAAAAAUUUGCAGUGACGACGUCUCUAGCGUUUGUAACAUCUCAAAACACAGUAAAACAGGUAAAUUAAUGCAGGAUUGUAGCUUGAUUAUUUGGGAUGAAGCUUCCAUGUCCCAUAAAGCAUCAGUUGAGGCAUUAGACAGGACAAUGCGCGAUUUACGCAACAGAAAUUGCCCAAUGGGUGGCUGCACCGUUUUGUUUUCUGGAGACUUUCGUCAAAUUUUGCCAGUCAUAGCAAGGGGGACUAGAGCUGACGAAGUCAAUGCAUCACUCAAAAGAUCUUAUCUUUGGCCACAUAUUACAAAAUGUAAUGGUGCAUUUCAAUCCGGAAAUGUUAAAAUCAAUCUUAGUAACCUAUGUGCUUUGGUUCAAAAUGUGGAAGAAUUGGUUGAGACCGUAUAUCCCGAUAUUACUAAUAUAACUACAAAGACUUUAUGUUGGUUUAAGGAAAGGGCUAUAUUGGCACCUACUAAUGAACAGGUUGAUAAAAUUAAUCAUUUAAUUAUUUCCAAGUUUGAAGCACCAUCACAGAUAUACUAUUCAGUUGAUACAGUUUUGGAUACCGCAGAGGCAGUACAUUAUCCAACUGAAUUUUUGAAUUCUUUAGUUCCUCCCGGAAUUCCUCCACACAAGUUAAUAUUAAAAGUGGGUUCACCAGUGAUAUUACUUAGAAAUUUAAAUCCCCCAAAAUUGUGUAAUGGCACGAGACUCAAAAUAGUUAAAUUAAAAAACUUUCUAAUCGAAUGCACUAUUUUAACUGGCUGUGGUACUGGUGAUACUGUUUUAAUUCCCAGAAUACCGAUGAUUCCCUCCGAAUUACCCUUCCAAUUCAAAAGACUGCAAUUUCCAAUCAAAUUAGCCUUUGGUAUUACUAUUAAUAAGGCACAAGGCCAAACUUUAAAAGUUGCAGGAAUAGAUUUAACUGAUCAAUGUUUUUCUCACGGCCAGUUAUAUGUUGCCCUUUCAAGGGUGACAUGUAAAAAUAAUCUGUUUGUGUUUACUAACAAUCCGUCAGAAGUAAUGAACGUUGUGUAUAAGGAAAUAUUUCAAUAG